AACGUGCAUAUUUAAAUAGGAAGAACUUUUUAAAUUGAUUCUAAGAGCAUUUUUAAAUAUUUUGCUCAAAUGAUUCGCAGUUUAAAGUAUAGCUGUGAAAACAAUAAUUUACCCUUGUUUCAUUUAAUAAGACUCCAAUUUGAUAAUAUUUUUUGUAAAAACAUGUCUGUUGAAACCAGUGAAAAUAUCCAAAACACGAAUGAUGUUCAAAGUAAUAAAAGACAUGUAACUGAUGAGGACGAUGAAAUUGCACUGAAAGUGCCAAAGGUAGAGGAAGAAGAAAUUACAAAAGUGGAGAGACCUAAAACAAGCAAAUAUGUAUUAAUGAUGGGUUAUCUUGGGAGAGAUUAUUUUGGAAUGCAAAGGAAUCGUGGUCAGAAAACGAUAGAAGAGGAUUUACUGACUGCUUUAUUUAAAUCUGAAUUAAUUACAAAGACACAAUUUGAAGAUAUUCGGGAAAUUAAAUUUCAGAGAGCUGCGAGGACAGAUAAAUCUGUGUCAGCAGUUAGACAAAUUGUUUCUUUGAAGCUACCAAGACAUGUAAAUAGAGAGAUAAUAAAUGAACAGCUUCCCAAGGAAAUUAGGAUAUUUGGUGUAAAAAAAGUGACAAAAAAUUUUAAUAGCAAAAUUCAGUGUGAUGCAAGAACAUAUAGAUAUGUUAUUCCCACAUUUGCAUUGGCUCCAGAAGAUCCACAAUUUUUAGAAACAAAAGAAGAAAUAGACCCAGAUAAACGUCUUGAACAGCUUUCUAUGAUAGAUGGCAAACCAUAUACUGAAUAUCGGUUAACCAGUGAUAUGCUUGAUAAACUUAAUGAAACUCUAAAAUUAUUAGAAGGCACACAUAAUUUCCAUAAUUUUACAGGAAAAAUAAGACCAGAAGAUCCAAGCGCUUACCGAUAUAUUAUGUAUUUUCGUUGUAUCGAAACAUUUGUUGCAAAUGACAUAGAAUUUGCAGUAUUGGAAAUUAAAGGACAAAGUUUCAUGUUACAUCAGAUUAGAAAAAUGGUAUCAAUGGUUGUGGGAAUAUCUAGAAACAUAAUUAAAAAUGACACUAUUAAAGAUGCAUUUGCAUUAGAAAAAAUUGAUAUUCCUAUUGCACCAGGCCUUGGAUUAAGUUUACAUCAUGUACAUUAUAAGUAUUAUAACAGAAAGUAUGGAAAUGAUGGAAUUCAUGAAAUAUUAGAUUGGCAAGAAUGCGACCAAGAAGUGGAAAAAUUUUAUAAGGAUUACAUAUUGAAGAGUAUAGUAGAUACAGAAGCAACAGAAAAAAUAACAUUGCACUGGUUGACAUGUUUUCUUACACCGCUGAGGUUUGCAUACAAAGUUACUGUAGCAGAAUAAUAUGAAUAUACUAAAAUUAUGCUGUAUUUAUAUGUUAAACAUGUAUAAAAUAUAC